GAAAUUUGUUCACUUUUGCGAAGACUUUCACACAACGAACAGCGACCGAAGACGGCGAGUGGGGUCCAAACAUUACGGAGGCCCAUCAAUGGAGCCCUAAUUGUGUUUGAUGUGCAGAAAAAAACAAAAACAAACAAACGCAUAACAAAGGAAAAUCAUAAAAAUCAGCAGAAAGUAAAGGUGAAAAUCGUUGCGAAAGUCGUCUGUCAAAUCGAUGAGCAAGAAAAUGGCAAAGUUCCACCAUGGAGAAACCGAUGCACCACGCCCCCGCCCCGGCUGCCGUGGGUAAGGUGAGCCAGAUAGCCAACAUCUUCCAGCGCAAGCCGAUCGAGAUCCAGCCGGUGGAGCAGCUGAGUGCCGUUGCAGCCGCCCACGCCGCUGCCGCCGCCGCCGCCGCUGCCCACCACGCCCACGUCCAGGGAGCUCCGGCGGUGCGAACCGAGUCGCACUCGGCGAGGUUCAACAACGCCCGCGCCCUCUUCGAGAAGCUGGGCGUGGAGUCCAACUCGAACGUAAGCUCCCGGCUGCUGAGGAGCGGAUCCCGCGAGGACAACCUCUGCGACGGGUCGGAUCGCUCGUCCUCCCGCUCCUCGGACCGCUCUCAGUCGCCGCCGAAGCGGAGGACCCCCUUUCCCUCCGGGGUUUCGCUCGUUCACAACAACAACAACGCCACUGCGGUGGCCCAGAACGGAGUGGUUCCCCCGGAGCAGCGCUUAAGCAACAGCAAGUUUAUCGUGGAACCGGCGACUCAGGUGGCUCAGGUUGUUCCCACCUCGGUGGUGAAGUACCCCCAGCACAACAUCUCCCGCCUGAAGUCGGAGGAGACAUCCUCGCCCGUUCCGCCUCCAGCUGGUGGAUCGGUGAGUGCCCUGUUCGCCAGUUCGGGAGGCGACAAGCCGGAGAAGCCGGAGCGCAAGUUCAACUCGCGGGAGCUGAUCGAGAAGCAGAAGAAGUGGACCUCCCACUUCACCAAGACCAAGACCACGCGGACGCACAGCGACCUUAACCGCUGCGACAUUAUUCGAACCGUGCCCGGAACCGGGUUGAUCAUGGACAGCGAGAAGGUGGCCAAGCCGCCGAUGGAACCGCCUCAGCCUCAGUCUCAGCCUCAGCCGCCGCCAAACGCCAGUCCCAAUCCGCCGGCGCGGUCGCAGGCUCCGCCGGAGAUCAAGCCUCGGAGCGGGAAGAUCGGCAGUCCGGUCAAGUCGCCGCCCCUGCCGCCCAUUCCGGCGGUGAAGCCAAAGAACGUCAGCCCGGUCAAGUUCAACCCGGAGCGCCUGCGCCAGUCGCCCACCAAGGCGGCGGACAACUCGCCGCCUCCGCCGCCCGCCAAGUCGGCGGCCGUGCUCCAGAGAUCCCUGAUGCAGGAGCAGCAGGAGCUGCUGCGGAACGCCGGCGACCAGGGAGUGGCGCCCGUUCCGCCGGAGAAGCCGCGCAAGAAGUCCGUGGACCUCAUCGAGGACUCGCAGCCCCUGACCAACUGCUCCACGCCCUCGUCCUGCGCCUCGCCCACCAGCUCGUACAUCCUGCAGCCGGCGAAGAGGGGCUCCCUGGACGGAGGACCCGCCAGCGGUGGGCAGUACGGCAACGGCAACGGCAACGGACUCAGCGGCAGCACCAACUCGGCCGCGUCGGGCUCCCCGGUGGCCAGCGCCUCCUCGGGACCCUCGUCACCGGUCCACACCGAGGACGAGAAGCAGGAGAACGAGUCCACGGAGAAGUCGGAGAUGGAGUACUACCACGGCAGCAACUACAACAGUGUUCCCAGGCGGCGACGCAGCGAGAACGAAGGUCGCAAAUCUGUGGACGAAUCUCCGGCAGUGGCCAACAACUCCCAGCAGCAGCAGCAGCAGCAACAUUCCAUUCCGGGCUCCGCCUCCGGAUCGCCGCAGCGGGUGGCCAACAAGCGGAGCAGCAUCACGGUGAACAUGCCGGCGGCGGGACUCGGCCAGCGGCCCCCGAGCAUCAUCUCGACGAGCAGCCAGGACGAGGGCGGCUUCAACGAGUCCGCGCCCGAGGUGAAGGCCAAGCUGCAGCCGGCAUACGAUUCCUCCCCAGCAGAGGAGCAGCCGCACAGCCUGAACUACGUGGACGUGGGCUACCGCCUCAACCCGGACGGCAGCGAGAGCCGCGAGGUCUACGGAUCGGAGGCGGAGCUCUACGACACCGCCAAGGUGAGCGACAUGCAGCGCAAGUUCCACGGAGCCAACGGCUUCGGCCAGGAGUCGAGCACCGUGUACGCCAUAAUCAAGACGGACGCGCCGGAGUGCCAGACGGUGGCUCCCUCGCGGGCGGUCCUCCUGCAGUCGCCCACCUCCUCGGGCGGCGAGGGGUCGCCCCUGCACCGCGGGGCAUUCAACUCGCCGCCCGUGGGCGUGGUCUCGCCCAUCAGGCGGCGCAGCAGCAGCCACCAGGAGCCAGGAGUCGGUGGCGGGGGCAGUGCCAAGUCGACGCCCCCCUGCUCCCCCGCCCGAGCGGCGCUGGUGAAGGGCAUCGCGCCUAUCGCCUCCAUCGACGCCCACGAGGAGGAGGAGGAGCUGGGCCUCGACGGGGAGGACGAGCACCUGGCCGUCGAGUACGUGGAGGUGCUGGAGCUGCGGCAGGACGACGAGGACGAGGAGGAGGAGGCUCCCGUCCUCCCUGAACGCAGAGCUCCUGCUCAGGGAUCCCUGGAGUCGCAGGACCUCGAGUACGCGGACACCAGCGCAGGCGAGGACGAGGAGGACAUCAUCAACCACCUGAAGGGCGGCGACAUCCUGGACGUGGAACUGAUCGACGACGUCGUCGACGAGGUGAUCAAGGUGCACGUGAACCACAGCGUGGCCACCGCUGCUCCUCCAAGUCAGUCCGCCGCCCCAGCUGCGGCGAUCCCCCGCGAGGAUUCCCUGCCGGAUGACAUGACCGCCGCCGAAGCCGAACGACUGUUGAGCUCUAGCAUUUUGGAAAACAAAAUCAGACAACAGUCGCUGCUGUCGGACGAACAGGCCAAGGAAGUCGAGCAGAUACUCAACGCCGCCCCCAGCGUGGGCGUGGCAGUUGCUGCCGUUGUUGCCACAGCAACAUCGCCGACCAGCAUCAAGAAUCUCAUCGAGGAUUUGCCCGGACAGUCGUCGGCAUCCAACGGAUCCAACGGAGCGAGAGAGCAGGACAUUCAAAUCGCGGCCGUUCCCGCGAUUGUCGAGGAGGAGGAGGACGAGGACGCGGAGGAGCAGGACUUCCAGGAGGACGAGGAGGACGACCACGCCAGGGCGGAGUUCGAACCCAACGGCGGCGAGGCUGACGGCGAUUCGGACGACGUCGAGGCCGUGGACAUCGUGGGCUUCGGCCACGCCUCCAGCGCCCUAAGUGCCACCUUCGUGAAGGCGGACAGCACCGAGACAGAGACCACCACCACCACCCCCUCGACGGCCACCACAGCCACCACCCGCCACGACGACGACGAGCCCGAGUGGCUAAGGGAUGUCCUUGAGGCUCCCAAGCGCAGUCUAGAGAACCUCUUGAUCACCUCCGCGACUUCGGGAAGCAGGGGAGGAGCCGGAGGUCAGCGGGAGGAGCUGGAGAACGGCUACGACCUGCAGGAGAAGCAUUCCGAUCUCAACCAGACCUACGUGACCGGCGGGGAGUCGCUGCACGAGUCGAUCGUGUCCGUGGAGUCGACGCAGUCGGACGCCACCCUCAACCAGACGACGACCAUCGAUGACAGCAUCAUCUCGAGCAAGCACAACUCCACCUACUCACUCGCGGACGCGGAACAGGCCACCAACUCGACGGUUCUGAGCACCGGGGUCACCGAGCUAGACGACAGCCAGUACUACAUCCCGGAGUACCCGCCCGUGCGGAGCAAGGAGGUGCUCGUGGAGGCGGGAGUGCACUACUUCGAGGAUGGCAACUUCUGGAUGGAAGUGCCUGGUCUGCUAGACUUCGACGACGACGACUGCUCCUAUCCGCCGAUCACUGUGCGCAAGAACCCCAAGGUGCGCUUCAGCUCCGGACCCAUCCACGUGUACUCCACCUUCUCCGUGAACGACUACGACCGACGGAACGAGGAUGUCGACCCCGUGGCCGCCUCGGCGGAGUACGAGCUCGAGAAGCGCGUGGAGAAGAUGCACGUCUUCCCCGUGGAACUGAUGAAGGGUCCUGAGGGUCUGGGUCUCAGCAUCAUUGGCAUGGGCGUUGGCGCCGACGCCGGACUGGAGAAGCUAGGAAUCUUUGUGAAGACCAUAACCGACAACGGAGCAGCAGCCCGCGACGGGCGCAUUCAGGUAAACGAUCAAAUCAUCGAGGUGGACGGCAAGAGUUUGGUGGGCGUCACCCAGGCGUACGCAGCCUCAGUUCUGCGCAACACUUCCGGUCUAGUCAAAUUCCAAAUCGGACGCGAGCGCGAUCCCGAGAACUCGGAGGUGGCCCAGCUCAUCCGGCUGAGCCUGCAGGCGGAUCGCGAGAAGGAGGAGCGCUUGAAGCGCUAUUUCAGCCAACAAGAGGAGUACCUGCGACGCACCCUCGACUACUCGGAGGACUCCACGCAGCCGGUGUCGGCGAAUUCGAGUGUCUGCGAGGGACCCUCCAGUCCCGUCCAGGUGGAGCACCCCAUGGAGGUGGAGGCGACGCACUCGCAGGAGGUAGAGUCGCUCAAGCGGCUGCUACAGGAGAGCGAAAUGGGUUGCCUGGUGAAGGAGGAGAUUAUCCAGAACCUGAAGCGAAAGCUGGUGAAGCUCGAGACGACGGGCAAUGAGAACGAGCUGCUCAGCGAGCGGCUGCGGCAGAGCGAGCGGGAGCUGGGCAACAUCCGCAAGGAGGCGGCCAACCUGCAGAACAUGCUGCAGCAGUCGCAGGGCCAGUACAUGGCGCUGGACAAGAAGUACAACAAGGCCAAGCGGCUGGUCAGGGAGUACCAGCAGAGGGAGCUGGACAUGUGCCACCGCGAGGAGUUCUACCAGCAGCUGCUCCAGGAGAAGGACACCGAGUACAACGCGCUGGUGAAGAAGCUCAAGGACCGCGUGAUCAACCUGGAGCACGAGCUGCAGGAGACGCAGCGCAAGGCGGGCUUCCCCGUGGGCCUGCCCUACGACAGCGCCACCUUGAAGCUCACUCCGCAGAUGAUGCGCAAGACGCCGCCGAAGCCGCUCUUCCACAAGCUGGAGACGGAGCUCUCGGACACGGAGAUCUCGGACCUCUCCCCCGACGGCGACGGCGUGAAGACGGCCACCGUGGAGCGCAAGGUGCCGGUGAAGGACGAGCUGGACGCGGCUGUGCCGCAGCACGAGCUGCUGGAUAACUCGGUGAACAAGACGAAGAUCGAUCUGGCCUCCCGCGGCGGUUUAGCCAACCGCCAGUUGCCCUCAGCGAACGGGAACAGCAGCAGCGGCGCCUCAAAUGGAGCGACCCCCUGCGAUCCCGGCCAGCUCUCCAACGGGAACCUGCUCAAGCGGAGUAGGAGCAACAGCCGCAGCUCGGACUGCACCCUGGACGACACCGACGAGGAGGAGGAGGAGCGCGAGGGAUCCGCCCUGAACCUGGCCUCGAACCCCGUCGCCCACGAGGCCAUCAGCCUGUCCAACGGCAACUCGCACCUGCUGGCGAACGUGAACAACCUGCUGCAGCACCACCCGCCGGUCAUGGCGGCCAUCUCCAGCCCCCUGGGGGCGACGCCCUCGAACGGCCACCUGGGCACCACCACGGCCAUCCUGCUGAACUCCACCUCCUCCGCCUCGUCCAGCUCCUCCAACCAGUCGACGGCGCGCGAGGCGCAGAUCAACCAGCUGUACGCGCAGGUGCACAAGGAUCCCAGCAAGCAGCAGCACCAGCUGCAGCAGCAGCACCAGCAGCAGCAGGCGGCACAGGCAGUGACCACCAGCAUUCCCGGGAUGUUCAAGGGGUCACUGGGCUCCCCGGCGGACAACGGGCUGAACGACUUCCACCGCGGCAGCAUGACCACCUUCGGAACGGGUCCCGCGAGCAGCAGCAACCGCGACUUGAACAGCUCGUACGACUCCAUCCUCGGCUCCAACGACAAGCUCUCCGAGAACGAGCCCGCCGAGAGCUGGAUGUACCCCAGCCGGCGGAGGGUGGCGCCCAACGGCAGCAAGCUUCCGCUCCCCGGAUCCAGCUUCACGGACCAGCUCAACCAGGCGCUGUCCGACCGCGAGAGGCGACUCGGCGAUGGAUCCUCGCGACAUUCCAGCGACGAUUACACUGAGAUCAACAAGAGCCAGAGCGCGGCGGCCAUCAACUGCAAGACGCUGAUCAACGAAAUCCGCCAGGCGGUGAACGAAGCGCAGCCCAAAGUUAAACAAGUCGUUCCACAAUCACUCUCCCCGCCCGGCACAGUUCCGUGGCAGCAGCAGCACCACCCGCAGGUCCAGCAGCAGCCCUCCGCCCACACCACCGGCCCCCCGUCGCCCACCAGCAUGUCCUCGGGCUGCUCCUCGCCGGGGUACUCGCCCAGCCGCACCCUCGACCUCUCCGGCUCGAGCUCGAGCUUCUCCGACCGCAAGGCGGUGGCCGCCGGCUACACCUACAAGGGCGGACCCGUCCACGAGUGGACCAAGGAUCAGGUGGGCCACUGGCUGAUGGGCAUCGAGCUGGAGCGCUACAUCCCCGUGUUCAAGGAGCACAACGUGGAGGGCGGCGCUCUGCUCACCCUGGACUCGAAGGACUUCAAGACGCUGGGCGUGGGCGGCGACGACAAGCACCGGCUGAAGAAGCGGCUGAAGGACCUCAAGGCGAACAUCGAGAAGGAGCGCAAGGACAUGGAGCGGGAGCGCCGCGAGCGGGAGAAGGCCAUUCGCAAGGCCGAGAAGAAGGCGGCCAAAAAGAAGUAGUUAAAUUCUAUCUGAUGUCUGAUAGCUGAUAGCUGAUAAGCGUCAAAGUAGCCAAAAACCAAAAGCAUACGCAGUAUAUAUUGUAGUCUAUAUAUUAUAUGCAUACACAACACACUACACACACGAGGAAGGAGGGGAGCACACACGAGCGUAUAUAAAACAUAUAUCUAAUUACGGUUAUAUAUAAUAUUACGUGCAUGUAAUGGCAACAUAUUUAUUUGUACAACUCACAUCUAUUAUACAUACGUACUACAUUUUAACCUAUCGAACCUAA